AAUAAAACGUGUACCACUUAACACGGCACUAUAGUUUUCAUUCAGACGACGGAGAGAUAGAGGUUCCAAUGGAGAACUUCCCGACCACCAUGGCUCCUCUGCUUCUCAAGAAUAUAAUCAUGCCCAUCUUCGUCUUCACAAACAAAUCGCUUCUCAAUUUGACGGAACAGUACAAAUUUCUUCAAUUACUUCGCUACCUUCUCGUCUCUUCAUGUCUCUUCUUCCACCAAUUCCUUCUUUCUCUAUUCCCUUUCUCCUCGCCGCCGUCGCCGGAAACAUAUUACGGAUACCCUUUAAAACCCUCAAAGCCGGAUACUUGUUCACCACCCACAACCUGCGAUGGCGAUUCCGGUAUCGCUCGCGCGAUUUCCCAAUUGCUCUCAAUCAUGAACAACAUACCAGUAAGUUCUCGCAAGUACGAGACUGUUCGUCUACUAGCAGAGACACUGAUCGAAGAAAAUCUCCUGCAAUGUUCCUCGGUUCUCCGUGAUGUCAAUUGCUCGGCUUUGUCCGCCGCUUUUUCGACGACUCUGAGUCAACUCGAGACCGCGGCAGCUGAGCGCGGUGGAGAUGCGGCGACAGAUGAUUUCAUGGUGGAAAGGGUUUUGCGCGCGGUUCGAAAUUAUGGGAAUCGGUUUGGUAAGAAGGAGUAUUUGAUCCGACCAGGUGGGUCGGCUGAGAAGCUGGCGGCGGAGUUGCUUUGGCUGGCGGAGAAAAUGACGGCUUGUGGGUGUGUAGAAGAAGCUGUGAAGAAAUGGGCUUUUGCUACGAAUUUGGCUUGGGUGUCUCUUUCUUAUGAAUCUCGUUUACAGGGAGCUCUACUCAAGGUUUCUGUGUUCUUGAUCAAGGAAGCCAAGAACAUGGGAUUUUCAGAUGAAUACAGGUUGAUAAAGAUGAAGAUAUUGAUGGCAUGGCUGCCAUUGUUAUGUCAAGCUAGCAAUGGGACUGAUUCUCCUGUUUUGAGCCUGAGCGAAAGAACAGAUAUUGAGAUAGGAUUGGAAGAAAUGAUCGAGGAAUUGGAAGAACAGCAGCAGGAAAAUGUUCUGUCUCUAUGGCUGCAUCACUUCACAUACAAUCCUUCUUCGGACUGGCCAAACCUUAACAAAUCUUAUUCCAGUUGGUGUAAGGCUUCUCGCAAACUAUUAUUACUCAAAAAUAACGAAAAUGAAAAUCAUAACAGGAAAAACUGCAAACAACAGAAGAUUAUUUGAAAAUGUCAUCGUUCCUACAAAUUCAGGUACCCGUUUAUGUCAAUCACUUGUGAAGCUGAUAUCUGAGGCUCCUGCAUAACCAAAAACAUCAUAAUUUGUUUCGUUUUGUAAGUUAAUAGCUUAAUCAAUUUGUAUUUUGUAGUGUACCUGAACUAUCUUGUUUCUGAAAAGUCUUUUGAUCAGGGAUGAUUUCAAGCAUAAUGAAUCAUUCACAGAUUCAAUCA